GGUUGUACUAAAAUGUCAAAAUUAAAACAAAAGUUAAUAUUGAAUAUGUUAUGAUUCUUCUUACAUCUUUCUUUCUCGGUAUUUUAGUCGGUGUGUUAGUGGAGAGGCGAUAUCUAGGCAUUACAUCGUGGGGUACUGAAGAAGAGCUUUUUAGUUGUUCUUCUUUUAGUUCCUUCUCCAUCGACAGACGGUCUCGCAGACGUGAAAGAGAUUCUUCAUCUUGGAGGAUAAGGGCGACUUCUGCUCCUUCACGUAGUUCAACCAUAUUUAGCACAAUCUCUCCAUCUAUGACUGCUGAAAGUGCUCCUGAAACUGUUGAUGGUAUUCUCAGAACUCCAAGGAGACUGAGACGGAGGGAUAGGCAUAUGGAGUUUGACAGUUCUAGAAGUAGAGUGACUUGGGUGGAUGGUAGCACAAGUACUAUAAGUGGACCAGUGUUAAGGCAAUACGGAAGUCUUAGACGAAUGCGUCCUCACACUCCCUUACCAAGGAAAUAUUCAACAUCAUCUGUCCCUGCUACAACCAGCCAGUCUGCCUCAACCACACCAGCUAGAAGUCAACCAUCGAACUUGGCUGUUCAGACUCCGAUACAAAUAACAAACGUAGCUCCCUCCAAUCCUCAUCCAGUGAUUGCACCUCCUGGACGUUUCGGGUUCAAAUGGUGGACUGGGAAAAGGCGACGCCCAACAACCAGGGCUCACUUGAUGUUCCAUUGA